GUGGAGCGGCACGCCGCCAGCGUAGAAGCUCGCCCGGUGCAGCGACCGAGCGGUUGCGGCUCGGCGCCGGCUCAGCUCAGCGCAGCAGCAGCCAGCAGCUGCAGCGGGAAGAUGCAGCGCCGGCAGGCAGGCAGCAAGACGGCAGAUGCACGGCGAGUCCUAAGCUUCUGGCCGAGCAACGCACGCAGCGUGCGGUGCCUCGACGUCGCAGCGCAUGCAGCAGGCCGGCAGGGUGCCGUCACCGAACAGCACGCCCCGACGACGUCGCUGCUGGCCGGUGCGCUGCGCCUGCCGCGCGCUGGCACCCUGCCUGGCCUGGCCUAUAAGACCUCGAGCCGGCAGCCGGUCUCUCGCGCCUCUCCCUCCCACCACCUUCACCCAACCAAACCCAACCCUCACCCCAUCCUCUCUCCAUCAUGCCUGCCAACGCCCUCGAUGCCGCCGCCGUCAACUCGGGCGAGCUGUCCGUCGCUGACAUGAAGGCCGCCGCUGCCAACAAGGCCGCCGGUGCCCAGUCGACGUCGGAGCGCCGCCGCUCCAGCGUCACCACGGAGAAGGUCAAGCUCAACUCGGGCCACUACAUCCCUCAGGUCGCCCUCGGUGUCUACAAGGCGCCCAACGACGGCACGACUGAGAACGCCGUCAAGUGGGCCUUCGAGGCCGGCUACCGCCACGUCGACUCAGCCGCCCGCUACAUGAACGAGGAGGCCGUCGGCCGCGCCGUGCAGGAGUUCGUGCAGAAGGGCGGUGUUGCGCGCGAGGAGCUCUUCAUCACGUCGAAGCUCUGGGACGCCGACCACGAGAAGGCCGCCGAGGCCAUCAACGACUCGCUGAAGAAGCUGCAGCUCGAGUACAUCGACCUCUACCUCAUCCACUCGCCCGGCAACCUCGGCCCGGAGGCGCGCCUGAAGGCCUGGAAGGACCUUGAGGACGCUGUCGACGCCGGCAAGAUCAAGAGCAUCGGUGUGUCCAACUUCGACGUUGAGGAGCUCGACCACCUGCUCGCCAACUGCCGCAUCAAGCCGGCCGUGAACCAGAUCGAGUCGCACCCCUUCUUCGCCCACGAGGAGCUGCGCGAGGCCACCAUCGCCCGCGGCAUCCACGUGCAGGCCUACUCGCCCAUGGCGCAGGGCGCCGCGCUCGAGCGCGAGGAGAUCAAGGCCAUCGCCGACAAGCACGGCAAGUCGUCGGCCCAGGUGCUGCUCCGCUGGGGCCUGCAGAUCGGCAACAUCAUCCUGCCCAAGUCGCUCACGCAGAGCCGCAUCGAGGCCAACGCCGAGAUCUUCGACUUUGUGCUCGACGAGGACGACAUGACGCUGCUCAACUCGCUCGACGAGGGCCUCAAGAUGGGCAAGCUCGGCCCGGCGGGCACGUCGGCGCCCGGCUCGCGCCGCUCCUCCAACUCGGGCGGUGCCGCCGGCGGCAAGCUCGCCAUGUCGAGCAACGCCUAGACGCGCCUCCUGGACUGCCCCCUUAUUCUCUCAUCCGCCGCGCGUCCUGCACCCUUUUCUCUCUUCACUACCCUCAUGUCAUUCGACGACACGGCUGC